CCCAGAAAAAAGGUGGCAUUCCCUCACGAUCAUAAAGCAAAACAAAAGAAAGGCCAAGCCAAAGAGAAAACAAGAGGAUAGAAUGUUGAGAAAACUUUGUGAACUGCAUUCCAAUUUUCACAAACAAGUAGUCUGUUCAAUCUGCUGUCUCUUGUUUUCUCUCAUCACCAACCAUGACCACAUCCUUGUCAAAGCUAGCAUAUUCAUCUAUGCAGGUUGUUCUCAAGAUAAGUACACACCCAAUUCACCAUUUGAAGCCAACAUCAACUCCUUCCUAUCCUCAAUUGUCAGCUCUUCUUCUCUAUCCAUUUACAACAGUUUUGCUCUCGGAAACGGAACCUCCUCACCGGAAGACGCCCUCUACGGGCUAUACCAAUGCAGGGGUGAUUUGCAGACCACAGACUGCUCAAAAUGCAUUGAAGGUGCAGUUAAUCAAAUAGGCCUUGUUUGUCCGUACUCAUAUGGAGCUUCUUUGCAAUUAGAGGGAUGUUAUGUCCGGUAUGAGCAUGUCGAUUUCUUGGGGAAGCUUGACACUAGUUUGAGGUACAAGAAGUGCGGUAAGAGUGUGAACAAUGAUGUCGAGUUCUUUAGACGUAGGGACGAUGUUAUCGCUGACUUACAAACAGGAAUUGGAUUCAAAGUCAGUAGUUCGGGACUUGUUGAAGGUUUUUCCCAAUGUUUGGGAGAUUUAAGUUCAAGUGAUUGUUCUAAUUGCCUUGCUGAUGCUGUUGGUAAGUUGAAAAACUUGUGUGGAUCUGCUGCUGCUGCUAAUGUGUUCUUGGCUCAGUGUUACGCUCGUUAUUGGGCGUCCGGCUACUAUGAUUCCAAUUCUCCAGAUUCCUCAAGCGAUGAUGAUAUAGGAAAAACAGUAGCAAUUAUUGUUGGAAUCCUAGCAGGUCUAGCCGUUCUAAUCGUUCUACUCUCAAUUUGUCGAAAAUCAAUGGGUUAAUUAAUGAAGAACCAGUUUGUUUUUAAUAUUCUCUUGAUUAAAAAAAGUUUCCUAUAACCAUAUACUUUAUGCUCAUUUUAGAUAUGUAGACAAAUAGAAUAUAUUUGUUUUUGCACAAAAG